CCAGUCCUGCGCUUUCCACUGUGAAAACGCGUAGAUUUGUGCAAUUUGCCAGAUGCACAAACCAUAUGUAUUGAGCAGAUCUCAUGAGAAUGGUAUACAAAUCAUACGAAAUGCACAAACCAGUGAAUUGCCUUUUUUUACGCCCUGAGCGUCAUUUUGCGCAUGUGUCUCCGGUCUGUUAUUUAAAUUUCUUAUGGACCGCUUAAACCCAGGGGGUGGGGACAAAGUGUAAUAUUUUCGGGAUAAAAUCGACAGCCUGAUGAUUGCAUACUUCCCAUGUGUGCCUGGUGACCCUUUGCCCAUCAGGUGGACCCGGGAUACAUUUCUAUUUAGCACCCAUGAUCAAGCGACCUCAAAAUCCCCCUUUUACUUGUGGCAUCCAGAGUUUACCAUAUCACUGGAGCUGAAACUCUUGAAAUGCACAUAAUCUGACCUCACCUUCCUGCAUUCCUGGACUGUAAACACAUACACUGUGACGCUACAAAUGUUACCAAGUAAAUGCAUACAAAUACCACUAGAUGUCUUUAAACUAGACUGUUCUGUUGAAAAUAAACAUAGCAAGACCUUUUCUAGAGUUUCUAUAAAUGAAGCAACACCUAAUACCUCAAUAAAACCCAGUCACUCAUGUUGACCACUAUGACGUACCGCAUGCCAAACUUCACCCUGGAGCAGAAGCUGUUUCUGCUUCGGAGAAUCCAUGCGGUGGUAGACACGGUCCAGGACUUUCGGAAAGACACCAACACUACUGUGCACCGGAAUGCUGUGUGGGCAGAGCUGGCUCAGGCCUUCAAUGCGGCGUUCCCGAGUCGACCACCCAGCAGCAUCGGCUCUCUAAAGACACUGUGGAAAAGACUGAAGGUCGAGUGUCGUGUAGCCCUGCAGAAGAGACAGGAGCAGCAGGCCGCUGGGCUCCCAGUGUCUGCCCUCACUCAGGUGCAAAGAGAAGUGAUCGCCCUCGUACCAAACCUGAUCUCCUGUCUGGAGGAGGUGGAUGGAGACAGCAGUUAUGCCUCCGUUAGGGGCGGCUCACCUGGAGCAGUGAUGGGGCUUUCAGGCACUAAUGGGAGCGAGCAUGAAGAUGCUGACCACAGUCAAAAUGAUGAAGUAGACAGUAAGGAGAACUUGGCCAUUGAGCUUGGCUUAUCUUCUCCUACUCACCCACCUGUCAACUCUGGUAUUCCUCCGGGCUCUUCCUCCUCACCUCUCCACUCACAUUCACUGUCCUCCAGAUCCAGUCGUCCCUCCUUCAUCUACUCAACCCAUCCAGGAAGCACCUCAGGCCACGGAUCAGGGGCGAGGGCUGCAAACUUUGAUUCGGUACACAGAGAGCCUGCGGUGGCGCGCGGAUCAGUGGAGAAUUCGUUCCCGCCGGCGGACUCUUUUACCUCAGACUCUAAAUGGGAGGCACGUCGACAGGAGCUGUUUGAGCAGGAGCACCAGCAGACCAUGAGCCUGUUACUGCUGCAGCAGUGUGUGUGGGAGGAGAAGAGGAAAGCGGUCAGACAGAAGGAGAAGGCCGCUCGAGCCAAGAAGAGAUAUUACCAAGCCAAACUCCGCAAGAUCGGCGCGGGUCAUUCGCCUUCCAGUAGCGACAGCGAUGAUAACGAACAACACCCACGGACAUGAGUUUCAGAUGUUUACGACGUCUUAGAUAUGUUUACUUUCUUUUUGAAAGUCAUCUUUUUUAUUUUAAUAAUGCUGUUUGUUUACAAAACUUUUGAUUGUGAUGUUUGGGAAUGUGUCGUGUAUCAUAUGAAGGGGCGUUCAAGCAAGCAGGCUCAAAUAGCCAUCCACAGUAAUCUCACUGCCUUUUAUACUAUGGGGCCGUCGAAUGCCUGAUUAUGAUUGGCUGAUGAUCCUUCUAAGGCAGGGGUGAUGAACUCAGUUUUUGGAGGGCUGUAGCUCUGCACAGUGUAGUUCCUACUCUAAUUAAAAACACCUGACUGAUCAUACUAAUAGACUGAUUUCACAUGGUGGCCAUUUUAAUAGCAAAAGCGAGGCAGCGGUGAGAAGAAACCUGGAAAUAUCGCCUGGAGUCACACAGGAAUGGCGCUUGCGAUGGCGUAUUGUUGUGUACCUGGCUGUAUGUCUUAUCAGCGAAAAGUUAGUGAACCGAGUUCAUAAUUUCACUGCUUUUCGGCUGACCCGAAGGUCCAUUCUGAAUUUAUAGUGAAAAUAAAAAGAGAUAUCAGACCUAAUUUUCAGCUAAGUUAAGUGAAAUGGCAUUAGUUAGCUAACGUUUUCCUCCCCAAACACACAUUUUAGAUUCUAUUUAUCAAACUCAAGUUAAUGAACUCAUUCUUUUGCUAUAUUAGACCUGUCAAGAUACUUACGAAUUUAAGCAUUGAAAUAAAUUUAAAAAACGUAAAUUUCCCACUAACAUUUGUGCGCUGUUGAGUGAUUUGCCAUUGAGUUUACCAGUGCUCAACAGAAAUGACUGUGAUUGGCUGUGAAGUCAUCAGUUCACUGCAUUUCACCGAUGUUUAUCGAGUCCAAACUCAGAGAAGUGAUCCACUGAUGAAUCAACUAAUCUUCAUAGCUUAAAACGCUCCAGUGUCCCUCUGUGUCUACACUCCGUGAAGAGCAGUGAACCGAUGACCUUCACAGCCAAUCACAGUCAGUGGGCAGUGAAUGUUUUUAAAGUUUCAGUAUCAUGACAACACUAUUACAGACAGCACAAGGGUGUGCUCCAAACUUUUUACACAGAACUGCUUUGUUUUAUUGCUCAGCGGGUUACAUAGGCUGAAGCAGGGAAGCCCCCGCAGUGUUUACUUUGUGCCAUGAACUUAAGCCUAGGAGGACACUUUAUGAUUUUGUUUGAUGCCUAAUAUGCUUUUAAUUGAUUAAAUUAAUCUUAACUGAAUGAUAUUAAAGUGAUGUUUACACCACAUCUGCAGCAACAGCUGGAGGUUUGUAGUCCACAGAAUGUUGUUGCAAUAUUUACAGUGCUUAUCCUAAAUUUCCGGGUUUCUUCCCACCGCAGCCUUGCUUUUGUUUUUUAAAAUGGCGGCUGUGUAAAUAAAGUGUAUUGAGUCCUUCAGGCUUGUUUUAAACCUACAGGUAAGUGUGUUAUAGCAGGGUUGGAACUAAACUGUGUAGGGUUGCGGUCCUGUUCUAAGAUGUGACAAAUUAUUUGAUUCCAUGUUUUUAUUUAUUUAAUAGGCCAACACUUUAAAAAAAUCACACCAAAACAAAACAUAGGGCUUGGGAAGAAAGAAUCUACUACACACAGGAGAUUAUUACAAAUGAAUGCACACCCUAGCAUCACCACACUGAGAGUGCAUUAGUUUUUUAACAAUUUAGUGGCCCGUCAUCAGUUAUUCCUCACUAACUAACUCUUUCAUCAACUCUGAUGCUGCAUUCUGUUGAAUUAAAAGUUAUACAUUCAUAGGGACAGUUAGCUCUAAAAAUAAAUGUUCAUAAUUUACCCCCCCUCAUGUCGCUGAACAGUUUUCUUUCAUCUGUGGAACAUAUAUUUAGAAAACUGCCUUAACAUUUAUUUGGCCAUACAAUGAAAAAGUGGAGUCUUGUGUAGUUUUUUAGAUCCCACGGAUUUUCAUUUCAUAAACUGUCGAAUCAUCUUUUAUUUAUUUAUUUAUUUUUUGAGUUCUGCAGAAGAAAGUGUUAGACACGAGUGAAGGGUGAGUAAAUUAUAACAGAUUUUUCUUAUUUAGAUGAAGUUGAAAGGUGGUGUAUGCCUACCCAUGAGUGUUGCCAAGUUGGCAGACUGUUUUCAGACUUUUUAGUGGCUUAAGAAACUCCUUGACAAGCCUUAGUUUUUCAAGAAAUAUCAGUAUGACAUGGGCUGCAUCUAAAACCUUAGGCUGUUUACUUGUUGACUUCUGAGGUAGCAUAACUAAAUAGGGAGAGCUUUGGUAGUAAUAAGGAAAUAUUUGCUUACUUCUUGCUGGAAAGCGAUAAAAAGUGAAAAAUGUUGGUCAAAAUGUACAUUUACACACAAAAAUGAUGCCUAAACGGUGCUAUGAGAUGCCAUUUUUUUUUCUGCUCAAUUAACUGUCAGAAAUAGAAUGCACAGGAUUGUGGGAUAUAGACAACUUGGUUGCUUUCAAAUUUUGAUCAGAAGUUACUUCCCUAGUCAGCAGAAUUUGGAUUUAGACAUACUUUGAGAACCAAAGGUUUUGCGACAUUUGGCAAGCAAGGCUAGCCACAAUCCAUUGAAAGCAGUUGGCAACUUCCUCAAGUGCACUCAGAUAAUGUAAAAAGAUACAAAUGCUAAUGUUAGCCUUGCUCUGUCAACAAAGAUGUCUUCAAAUUAGACAAUGCCUUUGUGUUACCGAAAUAUAAUUAUUAGCAUAUAAACUCGUUUCCCUGUGUUUUACAAGCCUGUAUUGGGGCACAGGUAUCAUCUGUAGCCUUUUUGUGAAUUUAAUUAGUUUAAAACAGUGAGCCGGUACAGUGAGCCGGUAAUCCCCUUGACAUCCAUGUGCUAUCCUCUCAGGCCACAGUAGAAAAUAGAUGAUUUACAGUGAUUCAACACUGUUGUGCUUUUUUAGCAGUUGUGCUGUAAUUACUUAUUCAAAAUAACUCCCUGAACAAGAAAGUAACCUUUUUUGUGAUGCAGCCUUAGACGGAUUGCUGGUUAUCAUGUGCAAGUAAUAUAGAAGUGAAUGCAGCAGUGAGUUUUGUGCUAACAGCGCCAAAUGCCAGACAGACAUAUUUAGCCCUGCUAAUCAUGCUUGAUGAGAACAGGAAAUGAACUGAAGUGACGAUCCUAAUGUUCUUAACUGUAUUUAUUAAUUUUUUAUUUGAUGUGUCAGGAUCAAACCAAUGGCAGAGUAGGGUCACACAAGGCACCUCUUUGAUGCUAUGUAGACAGUACACACACUCACACUCACACACUCACACUGUCACACACUCACGCUCACAAUCACACUCACAGUCACACUCUCUCACACACACACACACACACAAAUGACAGUGUCUUCAGGACCAAACUUCUGAUUCACUUCACUGUAGCUUGUUUACUCUAUGCAGGUUUCUUUUUUUCAGGUAAAAUAAGUGCUUCUCUUAAAUGAAUUUCCUACUGAUGGACUGGUUACAUUUAGCUCAGUGGUGUUCGUUUGUGUCUUAGUAUACAGUGUUUGCAGAACUGAGAGUCCUCUGUCUAUUCUGGAGUGUUGAAAAAACUUUCUUAGAGUGACAGUUCACCUAAAAUGAACAUCUGCUGUUCAUUUGCUCACCCUUAGCACAUAAGAAGAUGUAGGUGACUUAUCUGUUCAGUAGAAUGUAGAGGAAGAAUUGUAGCUGAAUCUGUGGUUCUUGGUCAUUCAUUGAAUCCAAGUUUUGGUUACAAGCUACUUUGAGAGUCCAAAAAACACAUAACGGAACAAUUGAUAUAUUGUCUGGUUCCUCCAGACAAAACAUUGAGGAAAUUUUUUAAACAAUUUUCACAACAUUAUUACCUUUAAUCCAGCUCUUGCUCACAGUGCUUAUUGUUGUCAGUCAGGAGCACAAAUGAUGGUGGCUGAGAGAGCUCAAAUGCUCUGCAAGUUAGGAAAACACAUGCAAAUAAAAAAACACUAACAAACCGAAAACACCUUAAAUAUUCUUACAAAUUGUACAGUUAACCAAAAACGAGACUUUAUUUUAAUGUCAUGUUAGCAAAAGUAACUAAAAUAUAGAAGAGACAAUAAUCAACAAAAUACUCACCUCUCAGGCCUCCGACAACACUGCUGACUCUAAACAGCAAGCAGUCUGGUUCGUCACUUUUUAGGGUCGCUCAACACAUUACCAAUGUGGUCUGCGUUAUUUGCAGUGUGUUUCUGAAUUUGCAUGUGUUGUGAGAAUAUGCAUGUGUGGGUUUUUUCAAAACAAUGAUGUUUUCUAAGUCUGAGCUCUCUCAGGGGUGGCACGGAGACUCAGUGGUAAGCACUGUCACCUCACAGCAGGAAGGUUGGUGGUUUGAGCCCCGACUGAGCUAGUUGGGAUUUCUGUGAGAGUGUGGGUGUUUCCCAGUACUGGGCUGAAGCUGGAAUGGCAUCCGCUGCAUAAAACAUAUGCUGGAUAAGUUGGCGGUUUAUUCCACUGUGGCGACGCCUGAUGAUUAAAGGGACUAAAGGCUGUUUUAUACUUCUGCAUCAAGCAAAUGUGUAUGGUCCAGUGCAGUCUUAGAGCGGUCACUUACUGUAGCUCUUGUCGUGCACCUCUCAAAAAAAUGUAACCACACGUCACGAUGACACGUAUCGCAAGCUCUGUGAAUGCUUGGCGUGGUAGUUGUGACGAGUGGGAGUUGCUGAGAGCCGCGAGCCUGAUGGAGCGAGUGUUUACAAGUGUCGAGUCCCAUGAAGGAGCUCCAGAUGGAGACUUUUGUUUUGCGUUUACCUUAUGGUUAAAGUUUUGCCUGUCCGCCGGUUCCCACCUCUGAAUGAGCAAGUUUGAGCUACUUGAACAUUAAGGUAGCGUUCAGAAAAAACAAAACACCCACAAAGAAACUUGCCACAAGGGAACAUAACAAUGUACUGCCAGCCAGCGCUUUAGAAGUGUUAUUGCAGAGCAACACAAACAGCACGCAGAAGUAUAAAUGCACAUAAACGUAAGAUAUGCUCGUUUAAUGCAGAAGUAUAAACCAGCCUUAAGCCGAAGGAAAAUAAAUGAUUGACUUGAGCUCUCUCAGCCACCAUAUACAAAAUUCCUGAUGAUGAUUCAGUUUUUGGAUGAACUGUGCCUUUAGGGAUUUUACAAUAGUAGCUUGGAAAAGUACAGUCAGUGAGACAUGUUAGACUGAAUUAAACUAGAGAAAACCUUCCACUGUUAAAGCAGCUUUUUUGUAAAGUUUACAAUUUUGUUGUAAUUUGAUUUGAUCUGUGUAAUGUGAUGAACUUAAUGAAUCUUUUUUUUAACAA